AUGGAUAGACAUGGAAUAGACAUCAUUUAUAAGACUGAUUCUUCAAGAUUGAUGACAAUGAGAAAUAACACUGAAACCUUAAGCAAUAUAUUAUUGUUAAUAUUAGUCAUCAACAAUGCGGGAUUUGAGAGUCGCCCAGGAUUAGGGUUAUAAUUAAUUGAAUAAUAAAUCCCAGAGAGUUGUGCUGAUGAAGACAAUGAGUUGUAUGCUUCAGAAAAUUCAUCGGUUUCAAAUCAAAGCGGACAUCCAAGUCGUAGGGAAUCAAAACUCGAAUCCAUUAGCAAAGUGAUGAAGGAAACCCAAAAGAUUCAAUCGGAUGAUCUUCAUUAACCCAUCGGAGGUUGGGAUAACAAAAUAUGGUAAAAAGGAGCAUUAAGAAUUAUGACUUACGUUAUUAGAUUUGUGAUGGCAUUAUUAAUCAACUCUGAGAAGUUCAAAUUUACCUUCAUGAAAAAAAGGUAAUUCUAUGCUAUAAAUGAUUAAUCAGCCGUAUUUGAUUAUUAUGAAGAGCGAUUUUUAAUAAGAGGCAAAAAGAAACUCAGCUAUUCAGUAUUUAUAUAAAAUUUAUAAAGUAAAUGCUUAAAUUAAGGAUUCAAAAUAAUUGCUUAUAUUAGUCUUGCCAUAUAUUUUUAUAAUAUUUUGUUUACAAGAUCAUCUUUAUUAUAGUACCAACUAGUACACCUAAAUUAAUAUGGGAUGUGUUCCUAUUGAUCAUUUUAUCAAUUCAAAUGGUCUUUGUGCCAUUAAAGAUUUGUUUUUAAAUAGACGUUUCAUAAGAGCUGUUGUAGUUUUUUUUAUUCACACUGCCCCUCUAUGUCUACUUGAUAGAAAUUUUAUUGAAUUUUUUGACAGGAUUUUAUGAACAUGGAGUAUUGGUAAUAGAUUAGAAACAAAUUGCUUUGCAUUAUUUAAAGUCUACAUUUUGCUAUGACUUUUUGAGUGUUAUGCCUUAGUUUAUAAGUGUAAUAAGCAAUGAAUCUCAAAUUUUUGAGAUCCUAUUAUUAAUACGCUUAAAAAGAUUGAUAUUGCUGGCAGAUACACUAGAAGAGACCCUAAAUUUAAGAUAAAAUUAUUAAACAUUUAUAGAUGUGGUGCGUUUGUUGAUUCAGUUUCUGUUUUUGUCUCACCUAUUUGGUUGUGUUUGGCAUUACAUAGGAGUCUUAGAAGAUGAAUUCGGGUAUUAUUGUUUUAGAUAUAUUGAUUUAAGAUAUGAUCAGAAUUGGAUCAAGUAGAAAAACAUUGAUGGAGAGUCCUGGUUCGUUAGAUAUGUUUUCUCGAUUUAUUGGAGUUCGAUUACUACUUUGACCAUCGGAUACGGAGAUGUCAUACCAGUCAGCUCUGUUGAAAGAAUGUUUGUCGUAAUAGUAGCUGUAGUAAGCAGUGUGGUGUUUGCAUAUACGAUUUCUAGUAUUGGGAAUAUUUUUAGUCAGUUAAAUGAAAACAAGAAAAAUUAAAGACACAAGAUGUUUCUAAUUAAGAAAUUUAUUGAUGAAAGAAAUGUAAAUAAAGUAUUGGCUAACAAGGUCAAAAAGUUUUUUGAAUAUUUUAUUUAGAUUGAUCACACUUCAGAUAAUGAAUGUGUUAAAUUGAUUGAGAAAUUGGAUCCUACAUUGAAAACAGAAUUGAAGAUAGACAUAUAUAGAAAAUUUAUAUAAAAUUCUAAAUUAAUAUCAACUACUUUCUCUGAUUUAAUGUUGAAGGAAAUAUGUCAAUUGGUCAAAGAAAAAUAAUAUAUGCCAGAUGAAUUUAUCGUAAUUUCAGACUAAGAAAUUAAUGAGUUGUAUUUUGUGUUGGAAGGAGAAAUUUCCCUCAUCGUGGAAUUAAACAAAUGUAUUAUUUGCAUUAUUCAUUAUUUUAAGAAAAGAAUAAAUUCUCAUAAUUGUCUCUAAUAAAAAAAAAUGAGGUUUUGGGAGAAAAGUAUUUUCUUACUAAUGCUAAAUUACCAUUUUCAGCCAAAGCCUAGAGUUUUGUUAGAGUUGCUGUCUUGGAUAAAUAACAGUUUCACCUUUUACUUCAAAAGUAUCCAGAAGAAUUCGAAAAAUAUAAACAGGCACUCAACAAAGUUCAAUUGCAAGAAAGAAUUAAAUUGUCAGGUUGUGAACUCUGCUAUCAAAACCAUAAGGUAUUAGAGUGUCCUUUUGUCUUUUAUUAACCAAACAUUCGGUUUGUAGUUAAACGAUAAUAUGCUUAGGAAUAAGCAAGGCAGUUGCAUGAGCGUAGAUAAGCCAAAUCUCAUGUAAUAAAUAAGUUGUUUAUUUAGGUAGAAUUCUAAAAGUGAUCGAUUAGGCAUAUAAUAUCGUUUAGUGACAUAUGCUUUAGAGAAUAAUUUAAUUUAAGAAGAAUCUAUAAAUGAUUCAAUAAUUAAGAAAAUGGACUUGUAAUGCUUGGAACAUCAAAAAUACUUAUUCAGAUCAUGUACUGAUUCCUCUAUUAAUACUCUUAUUAAAAAUAACCUAAACCCUACCUUCUAGAGUGGAGGCAAGGAAAGCCCACAUGAAAGUCAAGAUCAAAUAAUGAGAUAAAAUUCAAAUAACACUCAUAAUCCUAGGCCCAGCUUCACAGGAAUAGGGAGUACAAAAUAGAUGUCUACUUUGAAAUUUAUUAAGAUGGGUAACAAAAAGUUAGACAAGUAAGAAUCUUGUUAAAAAAUUGAAUUGAAAGUGCCUGACAAGGUAGUUUUGUAAGAUAUUUGUGAACAUUCAUCAGAUUCUGAUUAGCAAUCACCUGAUAAGACAAAAUUAACCAAAUAAAAUAGUUUCACUUUUUGUGCUUCAGCUGACUUUAAGACUCAACUAAAGAUAGAGUAUUAUUAAAAACUAAUCAUCAAUGAAUUGGAUGGACUGGAUAAAUAUUAAGAAUAUUAAUUUUAUUAUCCUUAAUACAAUGUUGAAAGAGUGAUCGAGACAAUUAAUGAGAAGUAUAAGUUAAAAAGACUCAAACAAUCUAAAUCGUUGAUCAAAAGACAAAGUAGAUAUCUAUCAUCUUAUCCAACUAUAUCAAUAAGAAGGAAAAGAAGCGGAAUCGUCGGGGAAGAAUUAAUACAUGAGAAUUGA